AUGGCGGCCAGAGCGACAAUUAAAUCAGGAAGUAUAAAUAUUUUAAAUACCAUAAUUGGUGCAGGAAUAUUGGCUAUGCCUUAUGGAUUAAGGGCAAAUGGAUUAUUAUUUGGAUCAAUAUUAAUAGUAUGGUCUGCAUGUACUUCAGCAUUUGGUCUAUAUUUACAAAAUAAAGUUGCAAGAUAUACAAAACAAAGAGGAUCAGUAUCAUAUUUUAGUUUAGCCCAAGUGACUUAUCCAAAUUUAUCAAUUGUAUUUGAUUCAGCUAUAUCUAUAAAAUGUUUUGGUGUUGGAAUUUCUUAUUUGGUUGUUAUUGGAGAUUUAAUGCCUAAAAUUAUGGAAACAUUAGAAGUUAAAAAUGAUUCAAUUUUCAUGAGUAGAAAUUUUUGGAUUACUAUAUUUAUGGUAUUUAUUGUUGCACCAUUAUCAUUUUUAAAAAAAUUAAGUAGCUUGAAAUAUACUAGUAUAUUAGCAUUAUUUUCAGUUGCAUAUUUAAUUUGUUUAGUCAUUGAAAGUUAUAUUGAAAUUGGGUUGGGAAUUGAAAAAGGUGAAAGUUUUUUAGCUACUGAAUUCAAUCCAGUACCUGCUAAACAUAUUGAUUGGUUUGGUCCACUUGAUUGGAAACAAACUUUAAGUUCUUUUCCCAUGUUUGUUUUUGCAUAUACAUGUCAUCAAAACAUGUUUGCAAUAAUUAAUGAAUUAAGACCAGAUGAAAAAGAUGGAUCACAAACUAGACAAUCAAACCUUAUUAUACGUAAUGCUAUUGUUACUGCAUUAUUUGCUUAUUUGAUAGUGGCCAUUUUUGGUUACUUAACCUAUGGUAAUGAAGUUAAUGCCAAUAUUAUUUCAAUGUAUCCUCGUGAUUCAAUAAGUACAUUAAUUGGAAGAUUAUGUAUCGUGAUAAUGGUCAGUUUAUCAUUUCCAUUACAAUGUCACCCAUGUAGAGGAUCAGUGAAUCAUGUUAUACAUUUUUUAACCAAUGGUGCUGAAUCUUCAAAAUUUAGACAUGGUAAAAAAUUUAGUAGGUUAUUAGAAAAUCCAGGUAUUGAAUCAGGAUAUUCUUCAAUGAAUUCAGAUAUUGAAAGUUUAAGUUCCAUAAAUGAAAAUAGUUUAAUGGAAGCAUCAUUUAUUUCAACAACUCCAAUGGAAGGUGCGCACGAUACAGAUGGUCAUGAUCCAAUAAUUGUUCCAUUAACAAAUACUAAAUUUUAUAUAAUUACAACAGUUAUAGUUGUUUUAAGUUAUACAGUUGCAUUAUCAGUUACAUCAUUAGCAAAAGUUUUGGCGUUAGUAGGAAGUACGGGCUCAACAUCUAUUUCAUUUAUUUUACCAGGUUUAUUUGGUUAUUUAUUAAUGAAACCUUUGGAUAAUAAUAGAACUCAACUUAAUAAUUUAGAAAAAUUUUGUAAAUAUGGUGGAUUAUUCUUGGUGAUUUGGGGUUUUGCAGUAAUGAUAACUUGUUUAGGUGCAACUCUUUUUAUAACUGUUGAAAAUUGA